ACACAGGAACUGGCAAUCAUUGAUACCGCAGUCUGGUGUUGGAGAAUAAAAGAUUUGAGAAUAAAAGAUUGCGGCUCACUCGCUAGCUUGGGGUUAUUAAUACAUUCAACAGAAGAGAGCAAAGGGCUCCACAGAAGCAGUCAGCGUGUAGCAACCCUUUCAAGGUAUCUGGAGUGUACUGCAGUUUGGAAGGCUGGGGAAGAGAGCGUGUAACGCCUUACUUGGAAAGGGGGAAGAGCAUUCAACAAACUAAAGAAUAAAUGUCGUUUUGGAAAAAGUCCUUGGGGUCAUUAUGGAAAUUGUUCAUUCAGAUCUGAGAUAUAUAGAACUACAAUAGCUUGCUGUCCAUCAUUGUUUGGACCUGGAUUGGAAAAUCAACUGCUAGAUGUAGAACGGGGAGAAGCUGUUCAAAACUUCAAGGAGUUUGUAGUUGUACUUGUACACUGUUAGACCCACGUUACACUAGUUCUUUCUCACAGCUCUACUUGGAAAUCAUUAUUGUUUUGAGAGGACAAGCUUGUUUCUUUUAGGUUGAUCAGACUUUUGACCUGAAUCUGCAAGGGGGAUUAUAAUUUUAGUAUUGUUCAAGACUUUUUUCUUCUUGUGAAUGAUUGUUUUGACGGUGGAAAGAGAUUAGAAUGCAGUCUGUGCAGACCCUACCAGCUCUACAGUCGUACAAUUGGUGGAGCGAUUUUGGCUUCUAUUAUGACACAAAGGCCAGUUUGCAGCAGCGUGGUCUCCUUGAACGGUCCUUCUCAGAGAGCUCCAACUCCACCAUCCUACUCUCGACAGGAGAACUAGAGAAGCUAAUAGAGGAGGCCAACCAAUCCCUUGAUGAGGCUGAUGAUAGUGACAUCGCCGUCAUCGUCCUACACAAGGAUGACGAAAACCAAGGUCUCGGACUCACAGUCGCUGGAGGCAUAGAUCAAGAAGUCCAAGAAGUAACAGUCCAUAAAGUGAUUCCCGGUGGUCUAGCAGACAGGGAUGGGAGAAUACAGAGGGGGGAUCGUCUAAUAUCGGUCAAUGGGCGUGUCUUGAAGGAUGUUAGCCACAACCAGGCCCUGGGCCAGCUGAAAACCAAGAGGAGGGAUGUUGUCCUGGUGGUAGCAAGGCCAUUGGAGCUGGAGGAAACAGAGGAAGAAGGAGAGACAGAUGACAUAGAGAUGGCGAAGGGACCAGCUGGACUCGGUUUCAGCGUCGAGGGUGGGCGUGGUUCGCCGAAAGGAGAUCAACCAAUCACGGUCAAGAAGAUCUUCACAGGGGGCGUGGCAGAUAGGAGUGGCUUGUUACACGUCGGCGAUGAAAUUGUGGAGGUGAACGGUAGAAGACUUUCAAACUUGACUCACUUUGAGGCAUGGACCUUCCUAAAAGCAGUCCCUUCGGGUAUGGUGAAGCUAAAGAUAAAAAAGCCAUCGAAAAAAGGGGAUGAGAAGGACAAAGCAAAGGAAAAUGUCUUGUCAGAGGAGGUCUUGAAAAGCUUAGAAUGAAAGUCUUGUCAGUUCAGCAUAUCAGGUUGAACAGAAUUCUUUCGAAGUCUUGUCAGUCAGCCGAGUAGGUCGGGACUGAAUUUCUUUGAUGUCAGAUGGAGCAACCAUUCUGGUUAUACUGAAUUCCUGUGAUGUCUGUAGGGAGCAGCCGAUCAGUUUGAAAUGAGAUCCGAUGACGUCUGUGGAGUAGCCAUUCAGUUUUUACCGGGUUCCUUCGAUAUCAGGGGCAUCUGUGUCUGAGUCAUCAUAGGCCAGUGAUGUCAUUGCCAUAGUUUGCCAAAACAGCCAUAGAAGAACACCAUCCAAGUUUCUCCUGAAGAACACUGCCCUUUGAAUCAGCACCAAGACUGGUUAUUUUCCAGAUGAUUAAGUCUCAUCAGUCUUCAAAAGCUGCAUCAAGAAUGGUUAUUAAAAUUGAGUCCAUAGUGAAAAUGAAAGGCAUGUAUACUAGAAUUGCAAACCCAUUUGAAGCAUUUAGCAGAAGUUUUUCUGAAGUGUCCUGUCUGAUAAUUGAAGCAGGAUUUUUCUCAUUAACCUAUCAGAUGUGAGGGUCACCGUAGCUUUUAACAGUUAUCAGUGAAAAAAAUCUCAGAAAAACUGUGCACAUCAAUGAACGUUCCAUGUGUUGCUUGAAAAUCAAGUUUCCAUUCAAAAGGGUUUUUUGUAUCAUGGUGAGAUUUUCUAUAAAAAAAUCAAAGUGGUGAUCGAAGGAAAAGACAACAACUCUGUAACUGGUGCUUAGAUGGGAUUACUAUCUUAACCCAUUGAAUCUGUUAUCUGUAAGGUCCUUAUAGGCUUUGUUCCAGGGCUACACAGUUCCUGGAGGUAAAUGGGUUAGGUGUGCAGACUGAGUAGUAAUGAAUCAUGUGGUUGAGUGUAGAUGAUUGUUCUGAAAUUGGAACAGGAAUACAAACCAGGGCCUGUUUCAUAAAGACAUACUAGUAUGGUAACCACCAUGGAAAUCUUGAUUUUGAUUGGCUGCUGAGCCCGGUUUCUGAUGAAACCAGCCCCAGAGUCAAAAUAAAACAAAAUCAGAAUCAAACAACAUCAGAACAAUAGAGAUGACCAAAAAACCUUCUCUUUCAUUUUGAAUUAUCAAAUUUAAAAGAAGACAUAAGGUAGCAUUUAUAUUAGAAAAAAAAAUUAUGAGAGAAUGAUCUUGAACAAGUUAACACACAUUUUAAGCAUAAGUAUUUGUCAAACAUUGGUUUGAGAAUAUAGAGUAGUGGGAAAUUCCUAAUAUGUGUAGUUCAAGUGAAGUUGGACCAUACCUGUAAUUAACCAAAGAAAAGAGGUGAAACAGUCUUUCCUUUUAGAUUUUCUUUUGUCUGAAUGAAGAAAAACAGCUAUUUUCUUUGAAAUUGACAAAUUGGUUUAUGGCUUACAACGUCAUGAAUCGUCCCGCGAUGGUCUGUUUUUAAACUUGGAUAAUUUGAUGGGGAAGAUAUUCAGUCCUUUUGGUUUAUCAUUUUCAAGUCAUUCAUAUUUUUAUUAGAACACCUCAACCAGAUGUUUGCAAUAGGCCAUAAAUUAAUUCAUUGCUUGAGUGAACAGAAGACCUAACAAAACAAAAUUUCUAGGAGAAAUAAUGUUUUUUGGAUCAAUCGUCAUUCCACAUUUCUCUAUUUGAUCACUGUCAGGAAAAAAUCAGUGAAAUCUUUAAAUUGGCCACAUUGUGGAAAUAUGAAAGAAUAAUUGUCUUUUCCUACAAAAGUUACAUGCAAGUUGGAUAACAUUCAGAGCAUUUCUUAUUCAUUUCUGAUUCAUAACUUGAAAGGAAGAUAGAAUACAGAAGUUCAAGAUAAUUUUAAUUUUUGCCAAUUUGAAGAAGAAGUGUGGUUAAGGGAUUAUGUAUUUCAUUGUUCUGAAGGGUUGAAUGAGAUUGAAAUUGUGUUUCACACAUUCAAAUUAUCAGCAGCAAUACGGAAUCCUCCAAAAUGAAAAAGGAAAUGAGAUCUAGAAAGAGAAUCAAAGGGAUCUACCGGAAUAAGCUAUGGCUUCCAUGUGGUAUCGUGCAUGACCGCCCAAGCGAGGGCGGUAAUUAAUAGGAGGGUGCCGUAACGAGCUGCACAGGUUGAAAUCACUGGACCAAAUAUGCUAGUGUUUGUGUGGGAGGAAAUUGAUGAUGGAAAGGACAAAACAGUGAUUAUCAUUGUUUGAUGAAAUGACUUAAUUGAAAUCAUGAUUCAGUCGAAAUUAAUUAAAGUGCUAGGAAUCCCUUUCGACGGGGUCAAUAUGAUUGUUGCAUAUGAUACGCAGUGGUUAUUUGAUGCCCAGUUUUAGAUUACCAAAAUAUAAUAUCUAAUUUCUGAGCAUCAUCAUUAUCAACUAUAAAGUUAUAUUUAUUCCAGGUAUGUAAAAUUUUUGAUGAAAAAAAUAAUAUCAGUAUAGCAAUAAAAAGAAAAAACACUGAAGUUGUUAAUUUGAUUUCGAAGAAGGAAAUCCGAUCAAAUGAGGCUUAUAAUAAUUUCUGGUAGGGAUAAAUAAGCUUCCACCGAUUUAGAAUCCCUGUAAAUGUUGUCAUUUAAGUUCUGAUGUUGCCAUCAAAGGUGAUAGUUCUGUUUAUCAUGUUUUAAUGAGGUCAUUAGGCUAAUAAGAAAUAUGUGUGUAGAUCAUUUACUUUUGAUUUAGCGAAAGUAAUUGUUUGAUCUGGAUCAAGUCCAAGUAUUGAUGAUGAUUGUAUGUGUAUAUUAGAUUCAUUUGUUAUAUUGUAUAGAUUGGCUUUCGUGUAGUAUUGUAUAGUGUACAGUGUAUAGAUAUAUAUAUAGUAAUAUAUAUGGAGUGAAAAUAUGUAUAAACUUGUACAAUGUCCCGCUUAAAAUCAAUCAAGCUGGUGAUUUGUAAUCUCCAUAUGGUUUUGCAUGGGCACUUGAAUAUCUAUUUCAAGUGUGCUUUUUGUGCUUUUUGUGCUUAGUGCGUGGUGAUGAUUUGUUUGAAAUUACAGUUUUCUGUCCAUUAUGACAAAGGGAUAAUUAUUUCACUUGCAGUAGAUUGACAGUGAUUAAUACUGAAAUAUUAAAAAUAAAAUCUCCCUGAAGACUAAUUAUUUUAGGUGCUAGUCUUUUGAUUUGAUUUUCAUCCUUAUCUUUAUUCUCACUUUGAAAUGCGAUUCAUCACAAAGAAAACCCCACGACUACAGCCGCUUUGUUUUCUUCCGUUAAUGAAAGAUGUUUUGUCGUUUAACUUGUAGAUGGACCUUUAGCUCUAUCAAGGUAUGUCAGAUAUCUUAAGACUAAGUGCAAUAUAUGACUUGUUUAUUGAUGUUUUUUAUGUGUGCUGCCAUUUAUAUUAUUCAUAAUCCUCCAAGUAUUAUAUAAAUAAUGCAUUAUUUUCCCCCCGUUCUCAAUGUGAUGAAACAUUUCAUCAAGAAUACAAAUAAGUGAAUUAUUUAUUGAUUGAUUUGGCUAUGAAAUGCUUGAAAAUCCAAUAAUUCUCAAUUUUCAUGCUAUUUCCAUGAUGGUAUCACAUGUUUGUGCGUGAGCUGUGCAAAAUCGAAUUGGAGUUACAUGUAUUUCAAAUACAAUUUUUGUUUCUAUUUGAUAAUUGAGAUUUCAGGCAUAUUAUACGCAAAUGAAAUAACAAUUUUUUUUUGCAUAUGCAUGUAUGUGUGAUAAACUUUUGAAGUAUUAGCCUUUUCUUAUUAACGCAAUAUCAGUAAUAAGUGCUGAAAACAUAAUAUAACUGCCUAUAAACAGUUUGAACAAUAUAAAGUUAUCUUUAAGAAGAAACAUCUCAAAAGAACUCUUAAAUUUAUGGGUAUUUUUUAUUGUCUGUGUGGUUGUACUUUAUUUCUCUAUUUUUCAUUUAUUGUUUUUAUUAUGAUUUUGAUAUAUUUAGAUAUUUUCAUUAUUAUCAUUAUUAGUAGUAGUAUUUUUUUUGGGGGGGAGGGAUGUUUUACAACUAUAUUUGUAGAGGCUGUACAAGCUCUGAUCUGCAUAUUAUGUUACACAGUUUCUUCACUCAUCUUGUGGACCUUUUUUUUUAAAUACUACGUGUGUGUAGGUGUUCAUUGCACUGGUACAAACUGAAAAAUAAUACGUCUCAUAUUUAUUAAAACCAGAGAUGCAAAAAAAAUUCUGACAAUUUUAAUUCCAAUUACAGGAAAAAUAAGUUGUUGAUUUAAGUUGACAGUAGAAUCUUAAUCUACACGUGGGUAAAUUUAACAGAUUAAAUUUCAGGCAUGCAAAUAGUCACAUGUAUAUACUGCUUGACCUUAUGUGGACCAGUAUAUAUCAUUUAUCGUUUGGUAUCUUUCCAUGAUCCUUUUGAUUAUAUAUGAAGUAUUAUUUAGGUUGUCUUCCAUGUGUAUUGUUGAUAUGGGGCAGUUCAGUGUAUCCUUUGUAUUGAUUUGAUCAACUCAACCUACUUUACAUUGUAUUAAGACAACAAAUUAUUCUGUAAUGUAUAUUUCGCUUUUUGUACAGUUCAUCCGCUACAUAUCAUGAAGAAUGUGAGACAAUAAAACAUAUUUAUCCAUAUGAAUCCUGA